GACAGACCAAAAGAGUAGUGUGAGGAUUGAGGAAAGAGCCGGAGCACAGAGGCUUUUCAAUCAACCCAAGAGAGAGAAGAAAACUGAGGUGCAGCUUCAAACAUCAUCAAAGAUCAAGAUGGAGCACCAGAAUGAGGGGAGUGUCCCACUUGAGGAGAUCCAAGAAGAAGACUUCUCAGCUGAAGAGUUGAAUGAAGAGUCUGGGCCUGCUGCUACCUCAGGUGAUGCAAUUGAAAACACUGAAGAAGACCCUGUGAGGAUGAAGAUGAGCAGAUGUGGAGAUCUUGCAGGAAGUGAGUCGUUACUGUCUGUUCAACCAAAUCAGCAUGGCACCAUCAUGGCUGAAGUUGAAGAUGUUAAACUCUGCACAGGACCAGUGGAGCGCUUGAGUGCGAGGAAGGAGCCGCCUACAGCUCAACCCCAACAUGCUUUGAAAAACACGCUGCAGAAAGAGUCUCUAUUAGACCUGAGUGAUACCAUUCACUGUAGACCUCCAAAGAAGAGAACAGAGAAUAAUACAAAAGAGGAAGCAUGUGAGGUGAAGCAAGUUUUGAACCUCAACUGUUCAACAAAACCAAAGGUCACUGAAACUGAUGAUCAAAGGGAGUCUGCAGGGCCCAAUCGACAAAUGGACACAACUGAAACAGCCACGAACCAAAAGAUAGAUUUGCCAGCCGUUGAACCCAGUUCUAUUUUGAUAAAGCUACUAAGGAGAAAUAGAAAGGAAACAACAGAGCUAUCCACCGAUAAAAUCCAGCAAUCCGAUGUAAAUACAUCUUCGUCAUGUGACAGGAAGGGGUUGAAAGAAAAACUGGCUGAAGAAAAACAUGCAACCAAAGACCCUCAUGUGGAUAUGAAGCAGACGGAAAUGUAUGACACUUCGACCUCAGAUUGUCUUCAAUCUCAGCCUGGAGUGAUUGGUAACACAUUGUGUGAGAACUCACUCAUAAAAUCCCUCUGUCCCAAAGAUGAUUGUCAGAUUGUGGGGGAGAAUAUCAACUCAGCAGAGGCUUCAAUCAAUGAGGAUAUGGAGAGAAAAGAAAACCUGUCUUCAGACAACUUACAAUCAGCCGUCUCACAUGAGAGAACGUCAUGCGAAGUGAGUAUUGUGAUUUCUGAGGAAUUUGCACCUUUAUCAAGGUCUGAUUCAAAGUCUCCCUCCACUAAAAGGGAUGGACAAAGUGCAGAUUCAUGCAAUGUACUUAUUUCUGAGAAGACAGACACCAGAAGACCACCUCUACAAGUAAAGGGUGACCGUGAGCGCCCAGCUGAUCUGCAGUUAUCUGGCUCUGCAUGCUCAGAUGCACAACCUGUGACGGGAAGGAAGGUGAAAAACUCCACUGAGGACACUAUUUUGGUUGCAGCUGGCACAGUUAUCUCUGAGAAAAGCCACCAGAUCAUGAAGGAGGAUCUUAAUAUGAAAUGUAAAGCAAAUACAUUGCCACAACAGCCUGAUGAACAACCUGGCAAAGAGGGGAAUGAUGGUGUCUCAGUGAGAGAUAAAUCCCAAGACAGCCCUAAAUCCAGGCCUGUGUCAGCUCUCAUAAUGGAGACCAUUCAACUGCAUGAAAGGCUGCAGCACCACGACCGGCCAAAGUCAGAUGAAGUAAAGUGUGAUGAGCAGGGCCAUUCUGUGAAGGUGGCACAGAUGAAGGCGGCUUUCGACUCUGCUCAGAAAUCCCCUGACAAGGCAAUUCAGAGGAAGCCAUCCAUGAGAAAAGAUAUGAGUCGACAAGUUGUACGUACGAGCAAAUUCCGUCAUGUGUUUGGCCAGGCGGCGAAAAAUGACCAAUGCUACGAUGAUAUCCGGGUGUCAAGGGUCACAUGGGACAGCUCCUUCUGUGCAGUCAACCCCAAGUUUGUUGCCAUAAUUAUUGAAGCCAGCGGUGGAGGAGCUUUCCUCGUCCUCCCUCUUCACAAGACAGGACGCAUUGACAAAUCCUACCCCACAGUGUGUGGACACACAGGCCCGGUGUUAGACAUCGACUGGUGCCCCCACAAUGAUCAGGUCAUCGCCAGCGGCUCGGAGGACUGCACAGUGAUGGUGUGGCAGAUUCCUGAGAAUGGCCUCGUCACUUCCAUGGCUGAACCAGUGGUGGUACUGGAGGGCCACUCCAAGCGUGUCGGUAUCAUCACAUGGCACCCGACGGCGCGCAAUGUCCUUCUUAGUGCCGGCUGCGACAACCAGAUCAUCAUCUGGAACGUGGGCACAGGAGAGGCGAUGAUCAACCUGGACGACAUGCACCCGGAUGUCAUCUACAGCGCGACCUGGAACCGCAACGGGAGCCUGAUCUGCACCUCCUGCAAGGACAAGGCCAUCCGUGUCAUCGAUCCCCGCAAGGAGACGGUUAUCGCCGAGAAGGAGAAGGCCCAUGAUGGGGCUCGACCCAUGAGGGCCAUCUUCCUGGCUGAUGGCAACAUCCUCACCACAGGUUUCAGCCGAAUGAGUGAGAGGCAGCUCUCCCUCUGGAACGCGAAUAACAUGGAGGAGCCCAUGACUGUUACUGAAAUGGACACCAGCAACGGAGUGCUGCUGCCCUUCUACGACCCAGACACCGGUGUUGUUUACCUCUGUGGGAAGGGUGACAGCAGCAUCCGUUACUUUGAGAUCACAGAUCAGGCUCCGUACGUUCACUUCCUCAGCACCUUUACCACCAAGGAGCCCCAGAGAGGCAUGGGCUACAUGCCCAAGAGGGGCCUUGAUGUCAAUAAGUGCGAAAUUGCGAGGUUCUUCAAACUGCACGAGAGGAAGUGUGAGCCUAUCGUGAUGACUGUACCGAGAAAGUCGGACCUGUUCCAGGACGACUUGUACCCAGACACAUCUGGCCCUGAUCCUGCCCUGGAGGCCGAGGAUUGGUUUGAUGGCAAGAAUGGAGACCCCAUCCUCAUCUCCCUCAAGAACGGCUACGUCCAGGGCAAGAAUCGCGAAUUCAAGGUGGUCAAAAAGAACAUUUUGGAUGGCAAGGCGACCAAGAACACAGAGAACUCGAGCCCUGCCAACAAGUCUGCCUCCCCAACUCCAUCGAUUAAGUCUGAAGCCAAGCUGGAGGAGAUCUUGAAAGAAAUCAAAUCCCUCAAGGACCUGGUCUGCAGUCAGGAGAAGAGAAUCAUCAAACUUGAAGAUCAAAUGUCCAAAAUUGCCAUUUAGGGACCCUUUACCCGACCCGCUACAAUUCAGGACGUUCCAUUGGCAGGGGGACCGUGUUUCGUUGGAGGCCUGCCUAGCAACGAUCCCUAGCAACAUUCCAGAUGAACUUUUUCUUAGCCAGCCCCCGACCCUCAGUUUAACACAGAUGGAAUAAGGACGUGUCACAUGACCCUUUUCCUUUAAUCAUGUGGCAGUUGUUUUUUUAUUUUGUCAAAAAAAGGUCUAACAUAGAACUUUGCUUUUUAGAAAUAUGACCAAGGAAAUAGUCCCCAUUUGCCAAAAUGCAUACCCAGAUAUUUUUAAAGUAUCAGUAUAUAUAUCACCAUAGCCCAAAAUUAUAAUGUUGCCAAAUUUGACAUUUUGUUUACACCCCCAAAAGUAUUUAUUUCUCUCUGUGGGAGGAGUCAAAAUGCAAACGGCGCAGAAGACCAGGUUAUGUAAUAAAAAUAAUUUGAAUAAUUUGGUUAUGCUAGGAAAAUCUCAAACUGUAAUUAGGGGGAAAUAAAUUCAGGUUGAAGAAUGCCACAGUCUUCACCAAGCACCCAGACAUUACAUAUGAUUCCCGCUGUCUGUUGAAUCUGCACAAAGUGACUCCUGCUUUUUGCCAUUUCUCCUCAUUCCUGUCGCUUCAGGCUGUGACAAUAGUCCACGACGUAAACAUGCAUUCCUCUCUGUUUAGCUUCAUUAACAUGCACCGUGUGCUUAUUGAAAAAAAAAAAAAAUGACAAACACAUUCCACAAAUCUUAUUGGCAGUUUUUGUUGUGUCGGGAAAAAUACUUCUGCAACGUUCCUCCUCCUGUGAACACUGUACUGUCGUGACUCAGUUGCACUGGUUGGUUGUUAUUGUGACAUCGAUGUGCUGCCACUGAAAAUACCAACUUUGUGGAUUUUCAACCUCAGCGCUGCUUUGUUUCUGUGACCGGUACAGACAUCGACCUCAGUGUUUAGAAGCUGCAGUCAAGUGUAGUGGGAUUAUUUGUUGUCUCUGUUCAUUUGCUUUAAUUGCCAUCUCAGAUCUGUACAUUCUGAACAAACAAAACAGGAAUUGACAUGACGACAAGUAAUCACACUUUGACUAUUUCAAACCUUCUGGUGGUAAAACUGGAGAUUGCUACAGAAACUGUUCAUGAUGGACCUUAAAGGCCUAGAUUGUGUGAGUAUGUGCCUCAUGUCUUUGGUCUUUUGGGUACCUGUCACUUAGGAUGUUCCUGCUUUGUUUCUUAUUUGGGGGAGGGUUAUGAAAAGGACUCCAAGACUAGCCUCCAUCUUGGAUGAAUUGAAUCGUUGGGAUAUUGCUUCACUGUUAAUUUUAGCCUGUUUCUUGUUCCAGCUGUGCUAAUAUCCCUCUUAGUACUUCCACUUUUUUUAAUGGUUUAUUUCUCAGAUGCCCCUGUUCAGUAUAGUUAUCAGAAUAUCUAAGAACCAUUGUAUUGUCCAGUCUGAGCUGGUUUGAUCAGACGGCUACGAUAAAGCUCCUCUCGAUGUUUUAGUUUAGUUUCCCAGUGGGAAGCUGAGACGGGUAAUGGUUCAGUCUGUUGUUUGCCUUCAAUAUUUGUUACCACUGUAAAGACCUGAAAGUGCCAUAGAGGUAACCAUGGAAGUGUUUGUAGGGGACUGUUGUGAGAGUAGAUAUGUGUAGUAAAUGGAAGAGUUGAUAGGUGGCCGGCUUUAAAACCACUUCGAGGUGCUAUACCUAUGUUCAGAGGACCCUGCUCCUAAAGUACUGUCAUGAACUCUUGCCAAUCCAUCCCACAAUACACCAGGCUUGGGGUUUGGCAGAAGGCACGGUGACAUUUUGACACUUUCCAUCUGGAUACAGGUAUUCAAAACACCUUAGUAAUGUCAAACCGAGAUGCUUUUUGAGUCAUCGUGGCUUCUAGGAGCAGCGUGGCGUAGAAUAUAAGGACAUCUGAGAGUGCUAACUGUUAUACUGCCAUAUCUUGUAUAUCAGAGCGUCACUCUUUAUAGCACUGUCGGCACAGAGAGGAGAUGAGAAGUAGUAGUGAAUAGCGAUCCAAAGGGACUCUGUAGGUUGGAGAAGUGUGCAGUUGAAAGAUAGAUGUAUGUUUGUAAUUUAGGUCUAGAAAAACUGAGUGAAAGCUUUGUAAAUAACAUGACCAUAUUUUCUGUAUUUUUUUAUUUCUUUUGUGGUUGUGCUGAAGAGGGUAUUUGUGUGGGAGGUGGGUUUUAAAUGUUUCCCCUUUGUCUGUGUUCCCUGCACCUUGCCAUAAUGCACCAUGAGAAAAGCAGAGCCUCCGUUGAUUAUAAGAAAAAUUAAUAAAGAAUUUUUAAAAUGG